GAUAGAGAUAGAGAGAGAAACUGAGUAGGCGAGGGGCUGGGAGGCGAGGGGAACGCUGCAGACACUCAGCUCGCUACUGAGUCAGGGGGAGGGAGGGAAGGAGGAGAGACAGCGCGGAAAAGAAGGGCAGAUGAAUCCUGGAACCAGUGAGGCUUAAAUCUGAAGGAUGGUCAGAAUAAUUCGUCACUGUGUGGGAGAAAACAGCAGAGUGUUGUGAAGGUUCCGGGAUCUGGACUGCGAUCCAGCGUGAGGAAUGGCUAAGGAGAAGCCUGGACCUGAGCUCUGAGCAAAUCCACGAAACAAGCUGCUGGAGCAAGUGACAAGUCUGUGUGUUCUUUCCUCGAUUCGAGAGGAACUGAUUUGAGAUUAUCAAGAUUGUUUUCCAUUUUUGUCACAUUUGUUCCAAUUCUUGGAUCCUACUGGAGCUCACUCCCAGGAUCAGGCCUCGGAGGCAAGUACCGAUCACUUAGGCACAGGCAAACUGCUUUCUUCAAAUGCUGAAUGAAGCAAAAUUGACAAUCACUGCCAGAAAUCCUCAACUAAUGGAGUGAGAUGCCAUUUGCCUGUGAAGUGUGGAUGACAUGCUAAAGCUGGAAUAACCUCUGGCUCUAGUUCCGUUGCUUACUGCACACGUUAAAAUGCCCUCUUGACAUUUAAGACAUCUGCAUUUGGAUAUCCUGUAUUAUAUUACACAAAUAGUACCUUAAAGGACUCUCAAACAUUAGCAGUUUCAUAAUUGGGAAGAAAAAUGUUUCUGAACCAGUACAUGUUUAUCAGUUUGGCAGCUGUUACAUUAACUGAAGCGAUCCCUUGGCGUGUCAAAUGUCCAGAUGCAUGUGUUUGUGAAGUUAAGCCUUGGUUCACACCAAGGUCUAUGUACAGGGAGGCUCCAACAGUGGACUGCAAUGAUUUUUUAAUGACUCAAGUUCCUACGAAUCUGCCUGAAGAAACACAGACAUUAUUACUGCAGAGUAAUAGAAUUGCUAGAAUUGAGCCAGAAGAGCUAGAAUACCUGGUGAACCUGACGGAGCUGGAUCUGUCCCAGAACAGUUUCUCCAGGAUUGAAGACUUCAGCUUGAAGAACAUGUUCAAUCUCCUCGUCCUCCAUUUGGAAGAGAACCAGUUGACCAAACUGUCAGAUGAUGGCUUCUCCACUCUCACCAACCUUCAAGAGCUAUACUUGAACCACAACCAGCUAAGCAGCAUCUCCCCCAGGGCAUUCUCUGGUCUUGAAAACCUCCUUCGGCUCCAUUUGAACUCCAACAAGCUGAGGACCAUUGGAAGGGAAUGGUUUGAGCCGAUUCCCAGUCUGGAAAUCCUCACAAUAGGAGAGAAUGCAGUAGAAACGAUCCAGAACAUGAACUUUAAGCCUCUUGUCAAUCUAAGAAGUCUCGUAUUGAGUGGAAUGAGCCUAAAGGAAAUUUCGGAUCAUGCCCUCGAGGGGCUGGAGAAUUUAGAAAGCAUUUCUUUUUAUGAUAACAAAUUGCCUAAGGUUCCAAAGAUGGCUCUCCGGAAAGUUCCAGAUCUUAAGUUUUUGGAUUUGAAUAAGAAUCCAAUCGAAAGGAUCCAGCAGGGUGAUUUCACCGAUAUGCUUCAUCUCAAAGAGUUGGGCAUUAACAACAUGGAGGAGUUAAUCUCCAUCGACAAGUUUGCUCUGGACAACCUCCCAGAGUUGACCAAACUGGAGGUGACCAACAACCCGAAACUUUCCUACAUUCACCCGAGUGCGUUUCGCCUCAUUCCUCAAAUGGAAACUCUCAUGCUCAACAAUAAUGCUCUGAGUGCCUUAUACAGAAAGACAAUUGAGUCCCUUUCCAAACUCCAGGAGAUUAGCAUUCACAGCAACCCCAUCCGAUGUGACUGCGUCAUUCGCUGGGUGAACACCAACGAAAACCGCAUUCGCUUCAUCGAGCCGCAGUCAACUUUCUGCGUGGACCCUCCAGAGUUCAAAAGUCAAAACCUGAGAGAUGUUCCAUUCAGAGAGAUGACAGACCGAUGCCUCCCUCUCAUCUCUGCUGAAGCAUUCCCCUCGCAUCUUGACGCCGCAGUCUCGGACUCACUUUCCCUCCACUGUCGGGCUUUCGCUGAGCCGGACCCUGAGAUUUAUUGGGUCACGCCAUCCGGUGAUAGGCUUCAGGCCUACAGCAUAUCAGACAAGUACAGAGUGCAGCCCGAAGGGACACUGGAGAUAUUCAACCUCACAGUCCAUGAAGCUGGGCUCUAUGCUUGCGUGGCCCACAAUCUGGUUGGCGCAGACACAAAAAGUGUGACCAUCAGAGUGAACGGAUUCUAUCCGGGAGGUAAUGAGAGCAUUCAACUGUAUGCACAAGAAGUGGGGUCACACCAUGUCCUGUUGUCAUGGAUUAUCACCUCGAAUAUAAUAGCAUCAAAUGUCACAUGGUCACAUACAAUGAGCAACAGCAGCUUGAAUUCUCUGUUCACCGCCAGGGUUCCAGCAGGUGUACACAGGUAUAAUCUGACUCACCUGGAACCAUUCACUGAAUAUGCGUUAUGUGUGCAUGCAUCCUACAUCCAGCUCCAUAAUAAGAUAUCCUGCAUCAGGAUCAGGACCAAAGAAGCCAACUUAGCCUCUGGCACCAGCGAGAUAAGAGUACAGUUUCUCAUCACCUUGACUGUCUGUGCCCUGUUUGUGGCGUCGAGUGUCUUGUCCUUUCGUGGGCUCAUGUCUACAGGGCAGAGGGUGGAGGUGAAGCCGAGCUCUUUGGCGAUGUGUGUGCAAAAGGACUCUCUGGUGUCAUUGAGCGGGAUUUACCCUCCUUUCGUCAAGCACUGGGAGGCGGCUAACACCCCAGGGAAAACGAUAGUGGUGGAGGUUCAGUCCACCCCUCUGGGACGCUCUCAUGCUGGUUGUUGUGAGGCGAACUGAAACAAUCUGAUUGUGAGAAAGGCACCACGAGCCAAGACAACCAUAAACAGGCCCUGCUAUCAUUGUCCAGACAAACAGGCAAACUGGAUCAAGAAAGCGAAUUACCGCACAAAUAAUAGUUAAAAAAGGGGGAAUGUGGAUCCUGUUGAGUUCUUUUAGAUGGUAACAGUGAGAGGGUAACAGUUCUUGUAGCGGUAAACCCCGUCCUGGUAGAAAACUCUCUUCUCUGUCCAACUGAUGUCCAUGUGUUUGUUCUGUACUGGUUAUGAACUCUGUUUAUGAGAGACAUAUAUAGGAAUUUGAGAAAGAUUAAAACAAAAAAAUGGGAUCUUGCUGUUCAGAAAUGUAUCCAAUCUCUUAUGUAAAACAUUUGUGACCAUGUUGACAAAGAAUCUGCUGUCUUUUUUUUCCAGCCAGGCCACCUGAAGAUCUGAAUGGAAACUCUGAGCCGGUUUACAACACUUUUAUACAGGAAAGUAUGCGCAUAUUUUUCUAGGUUCAGAUAGUGAUGCCACACUCUUGUGUUUGACCCUUUCCCUCCCUCCCUCCCUCCGCAUUUUCCCACUGCUCCCGGAGCUGGAUGAUGCGGCCCCUUUAAGCACCGCAAAGGGAUUUUUGCAGUUUUCAGGCGAUGUGAGUCUUUUCUAUCACUGCACCAUUGACCAAACUAAUUUUCUGUAGAUUUCCUGUAACGCUGACCAUUACUGGGUGAAAAUAAAACAACAAGCAGAAACACAAAGGGCUCGCAGAGCAUUUCUUUAUUUUUGAUUGCAGUGUUUUCUGAAUAAAUAACAGCGAGAAAGAAAGUUGCCAGUAAAGCUUGUCCCAACGUUUUCUUUCCAAACUUGCCCAUCUGUUACAUUCAGGACAAGAUGGUCCCCUUGUCUAUUUGGUCACUGAAACUAUUCAUCAACUGGAAUAAUUAAGUCUGAGGGAGGAAAUGCUGAGUGCAUUUAGUUCUUUUAUGUGGAGAAAAUUUGGGGCAAUGUUAACUGAAUUAAUGGGAUAAAGUGCAAUGCAGCUUUUAGAUACUUCCUGAUUUUGCUCUAACCACAGUCCUGCAGACUAAACACCAACAAGUAAUGUUAACAUUACCCUUUUGUUAUUUUCCAUUUUAUCAUUCCAUUUUCCAAAAAUUUGGGUAUAAUCCUUGACAACAGGCAAACGCACAUCCUCGUGUCAAUAGUGUGCUUUCCUUCAAAGCACAAGGAUUCACCAGCUGUUCCACCUUGGGGGGUGACACAGCCAAGUAAAAUUCACUAUCAUGUACGAUGAUUUCCCACAAGAGAAAGGGGGUGUGUAGGUGGAUGUACUGGUCAUUUAUCAGGAGCAAUUGCACCAGCAGUUCUCUCUUCAUCGAGCCUACAGGUAUAAAGAAAAUUGUUGUGCAUUUCUCUAGCUAAAAUUUGAUAAGCCACCACAGCAACAACCUGCAUUUAUAUAGCUGUUUCCACCAAAUACGGGGAGCUGCUGGACAAAAGUCUUAAAAUUUGGUCCUACAAUCAUAAAUAAAAUUUGCAAAAACUAAUCGCUGUUUCCUCAUGCAAUCUGCAUUGGCUGUCCAACUUGGGAAGUUAGAGUGAUAUUUGCCAAAUGCUGG